AUGUCUUCCCCAGUCGAAGUUGACGGUGGGUCUGCCACGCGAACCUUGGGUUGGUUGGACGGACAAACCUGGAAUAGAUGCAGAGAAGCUACUGAAAGCGCUCCCGUAAAUGCCCCCAGAGACCCCCCAGAGGAGCAGAACAUUGUUCUCAGCUGUCUUGAGUCCGACAGUCGCCAUUGA